AAAAAAAAAAAAAAAAAAAUGAAAACUCCCAAUCUCCCAUUGUUGAUUAGCUUGUUUUAUACAUUUGUUAUAGUCGUAAGAUCCCAAAAGACGGUCGACAUAACAAAAUUUGGUGCCAAGCCUAAUGCAGAUGCAACACAGGGCUUAUUGGGUGCCUGGAAAGAGGCAUGUGCAGCAAAAGCACCAACGACGAUUGUAGUACCUAAAGGAACCUUCUUGUUGAACGCGGUGAAGCUUAUGGGUCCUUGCAAGAGUCCGAUUACUAUCGAAGUUCGAGGAAACUUCAAAGCACCACCACAAGUAGCCCAGUUUAAAGGCCAAGACACUUGGGUUAAAUUUGAAAACAUUAAGGGUCUUACUGUCAACGGUGUUUCUGGUGGAGGAACUUUUGAUGGUCAAGGAAAAUCCGCUUGGAAGCAGAAUGAUUGUGCUAAAUUGAUAUAUUUUCAUAAAAAUCCUAAUGAUUUGUGUUGUGCAUUGCAGAACUUUAGGUUCAAUUUUGUAACGAAUUCAAAGGUUAUCGGCUUAACAUCAAAAGACAGCAAGAUAUUUCACUUUGCCCUCCUAGGGUGUAAGCACCUGGAAAUGACAGACAUAACUAUUACAGCCCCAGCAGACAGCCCUAACACAGAUGGCAUUCACAUCGGACGUUCUGAAUUUAUUAUCAUAAGAGGAUUCACCAUUGGCACUGGAGAUGACUGUGUGUCCUUUGGUGAUGGUGCUAAGAGCGUCAUUGUAGAAAAUGUUACCUGUGGACCUGGCCACGGUAUUAGUGUUGGAAGUCUUGGCAGAUACCCUAAUGAGGAGCCAGUGUCAAACAUCACUGUAAGGCAUUGUACCAUCAAGGAUACCGACAAUGGUGUCCGUGUUAAAACAUGGCACAACUCAUAUCCAUCCUCCGUUGAUGGGUUGCAUUUUGAGAAUAUCACUGUCGAAAAUGUUAGAAACCCUGUCAUUGUUGAUCAAGAGUACUGCCCCUACAAUCACUGCAAAGAAAAGACGCCAUCAAAAGUUAAGCUUUCCGACAUUAAGUUUAUGAACGUUAAGGGAGCUUCAAGUGGCAAGGAAGCUGUGAAGCUGAUUUGCAGCAGUGGAUUUCCGUGUGACAAGGUGGAGCUCGCAGACAUAGAUCUUAAGUACACUGGCAACGAUGGUCCAGCGGUUUCAAUGUGUAAAUUCGUUAAGCCUUCUCUUGUUGGAACGCAGAAUCCACCUGCUUGCGAUGCCCCUGCAACCCCUGUUGUUGAACUUUAAGUUCCAGGACAGCAGGGCUUCUAUUGUUACAUACCAAAAUUUUGUAGUCUUCAGUUUUUUUACCCCUUAGUAUAAGUUAAUAAAUAGUCUAGAGCGCAUAGACUGUCGAAUAAUUGGUAUGAUUUUACAAUUAUUCGUGUACUUAAUGUAAAUGAAAAGCAAGCAAAAUUAUGAUUUCAUGUUCCUCUUCUCUAACAUCUGUUUCGUCUAGUAUAGUGUUUUGGAGAUGUAAUAGCCAAACCAAGAAUUUUAUCGAAAACAGUCCUAAUACCACAAAAACUAGAGCAAGUAAUUUGCUUUUAUGAAGUGUAAACAAACAUCAGAAGUUAACGUUGCUCCUCCUUGAACGCAUUUCUAUUUUCUUACCACUUGAUACUCGGCUUCCAUCGAUGAUCCUUACAUAAAUUAUCAAUGAAUUCCCCAUGAGAUGUUCGUCAACAAGAUCAAAAUUAUUUAAUCCACAGCACCCAUAUCAGUGCUGAAUCGCAGAUAGAUCGACCCAAAUUAGACUAAUGGGAACCUUCAU